UGUAGUGAAACGUGGAAGUGCGGUGAGUGCAUGAACUGAACGAAUCUUUUCAAAUGGCGAUUUCUUCCGGCUGGAGCACGGGCGAAAAGUGUGCACACCGACCGACCGACCCGCCUUCCAAACUCCGACCCAUUAAGACCUGUUGCAAUUUGGAUUGAGGCUACUUUGUAGAAGACACUCGGGUGACAACGAUCCGGCCCCGAAAGGCUUGUCACGUCUCGCGCUUUGACGCGUUUUGACGUGCCGCUAGCCGCGUUAGCUCGGCGUUAGCCCGCCCGGCGUCACUUCCGGCAUUUGAAAUCCGCGGCCCCAAACAGCCCAAAGUUGACCUAAGCCCUGAUGGAGCUCCAAGUGGGAUCGGAGCCCAUGACUCUGGGCUCCCCGACGUCCCCCAAGGCCGCCCACGGCGCUCAGUUCCUGCCGGGCUUCCUGAUGGGCGACCCGCCCGCGCCCGCCAGUCCGCAGCCCCGCCCCUUCGGCGCGACCGCGUCUCUUCUGGAAAGCGCCGUCCUCAAAGGAGGGUCCAGCCCGCAGCCGGUGGUCCCCACCCCCAAGGACAAGAGCGGCGCCCCGCCUGUGCGCAGCAUCCACGAUGGGCCGGUUACCGUGGCAACGCCCCUCCGCACGCCCCACAGACAGUCUUUCCCCAGCAUGUCGUCGCCGCCGUCUGCGCGCCAGGCGUCCACUCCAGGGCUGCCGACGUCGCUGUGCCUGUCCCCCGCUCAGGUGGAUCCUUUCUACAGUCAGGGAGAAGCGCUGUCCUCUGAGGACCUUCUGGACCAGACCUGGGUCACCGUCUUUGGCUUCCCGCCAGCUUCGGCCUCCUACAUCUUGCUGCAGUUUGCUCAGUAUGGAAACAUCCUCAAGCACGUUAUGGCCUCUCCCGGCAACUGGAUGCAUCUUCAGUACCAGUCGAGACUUCAGGCUCGUAAAGCCUUGUCCAAAGACGGAAAGGUCUUUGGGGACGCCAUCAUGGUGGGCGUCAAGCCCUGCAUCGACAAGAGUGUGAUGGACAGCGGCGAGGCAGCCGCCUCCCCUCUGGCCGCCCCCGCCCUCCCCUGCACUCCACGCUCGGCCAUCAGACCGCUUAGUGCCACCUACAGGAACUCCCCCAGCGAUUACCAGGUGGUGACUGACAGACACACACCCAGAAAGGACGACAGCUUUGUGUCUAAGGCCAUGGAGUAUAUGUUUGGAUGGUGAUGUCAUCACUAGAUGGAUGUGUGCGUUUGUCACUUUUAGUGUCAUUUUGUUAAUGUUUCAAUAAAGUUUGUACAUGAGCU